UAAAUACCUCGUCCCCUGUCUCGUAAUGCAACAUUCAAGUAUCAAAAGCACAAGCAACAACUAAUACAAAUCAGUUCUUGUACAAGCCUCGCAAAUGUCGAUCAUUCCAAGCUUUUUCGGAGGCCGCAGAAGCAACGUCUUCGACCCCUUCUCUCUCGACAUCUGGGACCCUUUCCAGGGCCUCCCUCUGAUCAAUUCUGAAUACGGAAAAGAGACGGCAGCGUUCGCGAACACGCGCAUUGACUGGAAGGAGACUCCGGAGGCUCACGUGUUCAUUGCGGAUCUCCCGGGGCUGAGGAAAGAAGAGGUGAAGGUGGAGGUGGAAGAAGGCAAGGUUCUGCAGAUCAGUGGAGAGCGGAAGAGGGAUAAGGAGGAGAAGAAUGAGAAGUGGCACCGCGUGGAGCGCAGCAGUGGGAGGUUUCUGAGGAGGUUCAGGCUGCCGGAGGAUGCCAAGGUGGAGGAGGUGAAAGCUGGGAUGGAGAAUGGGGUGCUGACUGUUACGGUUCCUAAGGUGGAGGUGAAGAAGCCUGAGGUCAAGUCCAUUGAUAUCUCUGGUUGAACUGAGAUGAAAUUAUGUGUGCUUUGUAUUUCAUAAUGGUGAAUAAAUUGUAUUAGAGUGUAAAUGUUUG